CCUGUUUGAGAGCUAAGGCGCCCUCGUUUGGGGAUUCAAGAAGCAACAUUUACCGUUAAACAACAACAGGGAACAGUUUUUCCUUCCGCUUCACGCUUUCUUCAGCUUGAAGCAUCUUUUUUCUCUAACUCCUUUUGAUUCUGAAGGCUCAUUGGGUUUUUGAAUUCCAUAUGACACGAGGCGGCUUUUUUUUCCCUUUGUUCUGUUGACUGCGGUGGAGAAAAUUGCACAGAGAGACAGAGCCAGGCGUGCUUGGAUGGCGACGGAGGAAGAGGACCAUGGGGGCGGAGGUUUCAGGCACACAUGCAUGAGGAUGGUGGUGGAAGGCACCACGCCGGAGGGUGCCGUCUACUAUGUCAAGGGGACCUGGUACCCGUCCCGGUUCUCCCUGUCUAUAAUAGACGGACUGAGGGCAUGGGUCUGCAACCCUUCCGAGCAGGAGGUGUCGGAGCGCGCCGACAACUGGGACCAGCCCGUCUCCCACUAUCUCCAGACAGCCGAGCAGCACCUUGCCAUUCAGCAACCUGGCUCCUCCUACGCCUUCAUCGACACAGGCGAUGGCCACAAGCGAUUAUCUUGGACAUUUGAGAAACAAGGAACAAAGUUAGAAUGGCGGUGGAAAUGUCAACCAUCUGCUGACGACAGACAUGUCACUGCUAGCAUUUUGGACUUCCUUAUGGAGGCAAACACAAAAUUAAGUGAUGAAGUCGUUAAAAAGACACAUUCAUUUGAGAAAAUGAAAACAGAAGCCGAAAAGAGUCUGUCACAAUGUGAGAUUCUCAGUCGUGAAAAGGAGGAAUUUGAGAAUUCUGUCUAUGCAAAGUUUGUUGAAGUUCUGAACUCAAAGAAGGCAAAGUUGCGGGAACUCCGUGAUAGAAUAUCAAGAAUUGAAUGUAAAAGCGGUCAACCAGAAGCCAAGGACGAUUCCAGUGACAAAACUGAGACUUAUACUGGAGAAAGUGACGAUGGCUCACAAAGCCAUACAGACCCUGCACAAACUAUUCCUUCUAGGGCCAUUGCUUCAACCAGCAGGAAGAAGCAGAAGAGGAAGGUUGGUGAAUAGUUGUCCUUUUCUUGUUCGGUAUCUUUUCUGAAGGUCAUGCUUUGUGGGUGUGCAAAGAGCUGGAAUUUCUUCUAUUGUAUGAUAUUUUCUCCCUGUAGUCCCGUUGCCUGUAUUAGCGAGCCUUGAUAUCUUACAAAAUUAAGAGGCCUGUAGCAGUACGUGUCUCCA